GCUGCAAUCCGUAUAUUUGUGGGUGUACAAAAAAAUAAAAAAAGGAACAAAAACCAGUUUUGAAAAGGCGCCCAAAUUGGUGGCCUACCCAAAUCGAGCCCUGUGCUUUGCCCUAGAAAAAUUCCUCUGAAAAUGGCUUCGAUUUUCUUCGAUUAAGGGCUUGUGAUCUUCAAUACUCAUUGACUUCAUGGAUCGUCUUCGGCCUAGAGACCGAAAGGUUUUCUCUGGCUUCACUACAGCAGAGGUUGUAUCAUGAUUAACUCUUAAUUGCAACAAACCACUUAACUCUUAAUUAAGAUUGAGAAAAUGGAGAAAUUACGUGAAGACUCAAGGGAACAAUCUCUGGAUCAAGAGUUCUGUAAAAGACUGGCAAGAAGUUUCAACUGCUCCAAAGGUCGAGUUGGAAAACCUUCUGUAAAGUGGACUGAGGUACAAAGUUGGUUCCAGGAUAAGCAGCAAGCCUAUCCUUUGAAAGAUGCUUCUUCACCUAUCCCUCCCGAGAAAUUGUCAGUUGUUCCAGUAGUUUGCCCUCUGAAUAAAGCAGAUGAAAAACCCCAAGCAUCUAAAGGAGACAAGGUUCCAGAUCUAUCGGAGUUGGAAUUUGAGGCCAGAUCAUCUAAAGAUGGGGCAUGGUAUGACGUGGAUAUGUUUCUCAACCACAGAUUUCUUAGUUCAGGUGAAGCUGAGGUUCAUGUAAGAUUUAUUGGGUUUGGAUCCGAGGAGGAUGAAUGGGUAAAUGUGAAAAAGGCUAUCCGUGAACGCUCUCUCCCCUUAGAGCAUUCAGAAUGUGGAAAACUGAAAGUUGGAGAUCUGGUACUCUGUUUUCAGGAGAGAAGAGAUCAGGCAAGAUACUAUGAUGCUCAUGUUGUAGAGAUUCAGAGGAGAAUGCACGAUAUAAGGGGCUGCAGGUGUCUUUUCUUAAUUCGAUAUGACCACGACAACACAGAGGAGAGAGUUCGUUUGAGAAGAUUAUGUUGCCGGCCAACAUAUUAGAUCAAUCAAGUGAUUCUCAAAUCAUAUUAUGCACGCAGGUUGGGUAUGUAUGAAGUGACAAGCUUUUAUAUAGGCAGCUCAACAUAAAGUGACAUCAUAUAUAUAUACUACGAAGCCGUUUUCGUGUUGGUUGGUCGGGUAUUUUUUCUCGAACAAUCUUGAUUGAGAUUGUAGUUAUUCAGGGUUGUUUUCAGAAGUAACUGUUGUGCUAUUUGACUUGUUUGCUAUUGCUGUCUUCAGAUUCAUCUUAUGCUGAUUGUGAAUAGUACUCAACUUGUUCUGAAGUGGUGACAAACUCAAUGUUACCAUGUGAAUGUAUAACCAUUCACUGUUUGUGGAUCUAAUUCUUGGGAAGUAGUUUUGCAAUGAUUAAGAUAGAUUAGUGUGGAGAAAAAUCUACCACAAUUGGAGUAAAUGAUGAAUACGAGUCAAGGUUAAUGGCAAUGACCUCUAAUGACUCUCCGAUGACCUACAAUUACAAACAUGUGAGUCAUUAUCGGCUGGUGUGAUCAGCUAUAGGGACAUUUAGAUGCUUAAGUCAAUAUUGCAGGAUGAACUCCCAAUAUAUGUAAGCAUAAACUCUAAUGAAUAUGUAUGUCUAUCCGGAAGUUGAGUGAGCAUUUUAUAUCUUC